GAUAUACGUGACGUAUCAUUGGAAGACAAAAAAAAAGAAGAAAAAAUACGCCACUGUAGGGAGGGAGUUGGAGAACAACGCCUAUGGUUAAGGUGUCACAUACGUGACUGAAUUUAUUGAUAUCGCCUGCUGCGAUAAUCGUUCUCGUACUGGUGAAGAGUGUUAUUUCGUCUGUGGAUAUAAGCCCAGAUAAGAGACAGAGAAAAAGAAAAAAGGAAAAAGGCCAACAGUUUGGAGGCCGUCGCAUGGUUAUGUAAUUCCGUCCUUGAGAUAGGACCGACAAAAAGGAAUACAACGCGUUGCAGUUAACAAGCGAUAAAGCGAUCCACGCGACUUCUGUCAGCCGGAUUUGCCCUCGUCCUUGCAACGUACCAUCCUAAGCAAUAGCGACCUAAACGCGUUCUGAAUUUCCAAUUUAUCGAAACGUCCAACGGAUCCGACGAGGGUGCGUGCCUUGACUGAAAGGCUGAAGGAAGAGAGGAGGGGAGAGCGAGAAAGAGGGGGAGUCACGGAGCUAGAGGGAGGGGGGAGAGAGGGAGCGAUUGUGUGUGCAGACCACGAGUGCGGGCGCGCACGGUACAAGAGGAGCGGAGAGGGAAGGAGGGACGACCUUCGACUUGUCAUCGGCGAAAGACUGUCUCGUGGCACCGAUGGUGCGAAACUUGACAAUGGAUCAAACAUUUUACGAGGACGCUACGAGCGUUUACGGUGUUGUAAAUCGUGAGAAUAACAAUAUGGGCCAACCUAAACGUAAUCUCACGUUAGAUUUGAACAGUUGUCAGAGGCAAGGACAGCAGGCGAAACGACCGAGAUUAGGUCCCUUGCCGACAACAUUGAACAACGUUGCACCGAUCUUGAGCUCGCCAGAUUUGAACAUGUUGAAACUCGGAUCGCCGGAAUUGGAGAAGUUGAUAAUCGAACAGCAGGAUGGUAGUGGGAGUAUCGUUUCAUCUUUACCGACCCCGACGGCACAGAUACUUUUCCCAAAAACGGUUACGGAAGCUCAAGAACUUUAUGCUCGUGGUUUCGUAGAUGCCUUAAACGAGCUACAUCACUCGGAUAGCUCCCAAGAACCUGGUAGCUUGCACGGAGCUACUUACACGACUUUGGAGCCACCCGGUAGCGUGCAAAGCGUCGGAACGGAGUCCUCGGUGAGUCAGGGUCUCAUGCAAAUAAAGGACGAACCGCAAACGGUACCUAGCGUUUCAAGCUCGCCGCCUAUGUCACCGAUAGACAUGGAAAAUCAAGAAAGGAUCAAACUCGAGAGGAAGAGGCAACGAAAUCGCGUGGCCGCUUCCAAGUGUCGCAGGCGCAAACUCGAACGUAUUUCCAGGCUGGAGGACAAGGUCAAAGUUCUCAAGGGCGAGAACAGCGAAUUGAGCGCGGUCGUACACAAACUUAAGGAACACGUUUGCCGACUUAAGGAACAGGUGAUGGAUCACGUUCAAUCUGGCUGUCAAAUUAUGACAGUUUCGGGCCAGUUUUGAAAUAGAAAAUUAACCUUCGCGACGCAAGUCGGAAAGUGAGAAGGAAUUAAUUUAAUCCGUUUAUUUAAUACGCGAGUUCGAUCCUCAUCGAGGAUUUAUUCCAACGAUGAGAAUAAACUCGAACGUUCUGGGUUUCGUUGAUAUUCGCUUUCAUUCGUUAUUCCUUUAUGGAAUCUGUAAAAUGAUACACGAACCAAGGAUGACAGCUUUCUUUUUUUCUUUUUAAUUUCUUUAUUCUUUCCUGUUUGCGAAAUGGAGAAGACAUCGUUUAUUAUUUUUUUUUUCCUUCUCUCUUACUCGUUUAUCGAUGCGCAAUGACGAAAGAACGAAGGAAAAACGAGCCAAGGAUUUGUGCUAAGGCUUAAAGUAAUGACGUGAAGGACGUUCGAGAUGCUUAUAUUUCGAUCCUUUUGUAAAAGAAGCUACGCGUUAAGAAUCGGGAAUCGAAAUAUGUAUGUAAGUCGGUAUAUACUCGUUAAGAGUCGUUAGUGCUCGAGAUGCGAUAUAACUAAGCGUGCACGUGGGAUAAUACGUCCUUGAACGAGUGAGUGCGAACAAUGCUGCAGAGAUAAAAAGAAAAAAAAGUAUCUACCUCUUCUCUCGAUAAAGGAUAUAAUAUAAAGAGGAAUAAGCAUUUACGCAGCGCUUUCGAAGUAAACAGCAAACAAACAAACAUAUUUACUCCUUUGUGAAAAAUAUUUUCGUUUCUUUUAUCUUUAAUCGACUAACGCACCUUGUUUUUCUAUAUAUAUAUGUAUAUCCAUAUAUAUAUAUAUAUGCCUUUUUCAUUCAAAAUUAAUAUUAUUAUUACUAUUACUAUUAUUAUUACUAUUAUUAUUAUUAUUAUUAUUAUUAUUAUUACUAUUACUAUUAUUAUUAUUAUUAUUAUUAUUAUUAUUAUUAUUAUUAUUAUUAUUGUACGUACAUUCUAAGACUCUGUAUCAUUCUAUUAUCUGCAUCUAGUCUUGUUCGAUGGACAACUUCAAAAUGGGCGCGAAAAUACAGAACAUCCAAAGUACAUACAUAGAUAUGUAUAUACAUGCGUGUAGUUGGAAAGAUCAGAGUCUAAUUUGAUAUUGGAGGCAAUCAUUAUUGAUAAAAGCGAAGAACAAAUGAAGUAUUGUAGAAUGAAUGAUUUUUGAAUAAUUUUGAACGAUCGUUUCUAUCCUUUAAUAUAGAUUAGAUUUAUGAAUUGAAAUUUUUUUCUUUUUUUCAAAAUGAAAUAAUACAAUUUUGUGAAGCGUUACAAACGUCUAUAUUUUUGCGACUUAUCAGACUUUUAUGAUGUUAAUAAUGAAAAGAGGAAAGAAAAAAAAAUAAAAAGAAAAAAGAUUAAAAGAGAAAGAAAAACGAAAGAAGAUUUGUAAAGCCUUUUGUCUCACUAAUGCGAGUCAUUACAAAUGGUGUGCCUUGUAUGCAUUAAUGCGUCGCGAGAGGAGUAAUGUUCAAAGAUCGUCCAUAUAUAUAUAUAUAUAUAUAUAUAUAUAUAUAUAUAUAUAUAUAUAUCACACAUAUUCUUCUUGUUUUCAAAGUUUGCCUUUUUACAUUGUAUUUAAAUCGAUCAAUAAUAUAUGUAAACGUACAGUAAUAAGACAAGAAUUGAAGAAUUAUUUUGAUGCUUGGAAAAAAAAACUAAAUAAGAAACGAAAUGAAAACGACGCGUAAUGCCAAGCUUCGUAUUUAGUGAUAUAUGGCGAAGAUUUUUAUUGACAAUUAUAAGUAUAGACUGCAAAUUGUAUAGAUGAUGACGAGGAUAAUGAUAAUGAUGAUGAUCAUGAUGACGACCAUAAGCAACUGGUGAAACAAAUUUAUGAAAGUUAAUAAUGACAUGUGAUUUAGUUAGUAAGUUUAAAAAAGCCACAUUAGAAUUUAUAGCGGUAUUGGUGCUUAGAAGACGAUUGUCGCCGCGCAAGCACGCGUAGAUAUACGAUUCUAUAUAUAUAUAUGUAUAUAUAUAUAAUAUAUUAUAAUAUAACACACACACAGUAUCUAUCUAUAUAUAUAUAUAUAUAUAAAUAUAUUAUAUAUAUACACAUAUACACUGUAUAUGUUCAGACAAAGCUGAAGUCUUUUUUUACGAAUAAUUUUAUUUUUGAAUGAAAUACAAUGAAAAUAAAAUUUCUUUAUAUUCAACUCUUA